AUGGCUCACCAAGGAGGCAAACAGGGAGAAGGUGGUGGGCGGGGAGGUUCACCAGCAGCUUGGGGUCGCGGUGGCUCUGCGAGGGGCAAUGAAUUAGGAGUGAAUCGUAGUGCCUCUGGGAGAGGCGGUGGGCCAGCUCGUACAACUAGUGGGGCAGCGAGAGGUUCACCAGCUCUCACAAAGGGUAGAGGUGAUGGGACAGCUCGAGGCGGUGGCCAUGCUGGAACAGUUUCGGGUAAUGUGUCAUUAGCAUAUAGGCCUGCAGCUGGAGCCUUGACCCCGUCCGUGACCAUACCGACAUCACAGGGCCGAGGUCAACCGGCUCCAUUGAAAGGAACAGCGCCCGUAUUCCAGCCAGGGGUACCAUUGGGUGCAAGUUCUGUUUCAUCAAUACCGCCCUCCGGCCAACCUGGAGUAACCGCAACAGCGCCUUUGCCAACCUCUGGGCAGCUUGUUCCUUUGCCCGAUCCUAGGAUGGAACUUCCAUAUGAAGGUCAUGAACUUCCUCGAUUUCCUCAUGAACCUUGGGAACAUGGGAAAGCAAUGCUAGACAAUCCAUUUUGGUACGAUCCAGUUCCUGGUACCAUCAUAGUAGACGGAGUAGAGAAGCCGAAGCUUGAUAAGAAGCUUUAUGAAGCUGCGGGAGACAAACAGCCCGAAUGUAAACCACCCCCAUUGUAUAACGAAGCAAUAAUGCAAACAGCGCCAUAUAAAAGGAUGGAACGGUAUGGAUCGGUAGAAAUGGCACGUGCUUACCAUCACGGGGACGUAAUAUGUGCAGUCGAACACUACCCCGACUUUGCCAGAACAAUUCCGGAACAAAAUGAUAGAUACCGAACUGACACAGUCUUUGGACCUGUUUUCUCGAAAGAACGUAAAUAUAUUGUUCUUCAAAAAUAUCGCGAGCAUUGUGUUGUGAUACCAAUAUUUACACACACAGGAAGAGGCCUUGCUGCCAAGCCACAGGCGGUAAGGGAGCAUUAUAUAUCAAUACGGGAUGGAGACCGACCUAAUCAGGCUCCCCCAGAGAACAAUCAUGGUAGUCUCCAAACGCAUAGAUAUCCGCAAUUUGAAGACCAGCGAGGACGAAGGGUUCCAAAUUUUCACAUCAUGUCAGAUAAAUCUGCCGCUUAUUUCGUUUAUCCGAUAUGUCAUAGAUAUUCAGUACCAUGUAUCUUCGAGUCGAGAUUACGGACAGAAAGUCUCGAUUACCUCUUACAUAUCUAUUUGAACUAUGGUCCGAAUCCGUCCCCAGAAUAUUUUACGCAUAGGAGAGAUCGGCGGAUUACAACUGCGGGGGAUAAUGUAGCACAAGGGAUGUAG